UCUAUAUUUCUGGGUAGUUCACAAUAUUAAGCGGAUUACGGGUACGCUUCUCUCUUAGAAAAAGGAUCCAUAAAUCCAUCAACUUCUCCCGAUUCCUCAUCCUCUCGAUCGAUCGAUACUCAACCGUCGAUUAGGGUUUUUUUCUACGCUUUCCUAAUCCGUGAACGAUGGAUUCUACUACUGCACUCGUCGUUAAGGUGAGUUAUGGAGGUGUGCUUAGGCGCUUCAGGGUUCCUUUCAAAGCAAAUGGACAGCUUGAUCUUGACAUGGCUUCUCUUAGGGGAAAGAUCGCUGCUUUGUUUAACCUCUCUCUGGAUGCUGCUGACUUUUCUCUGACUUACUCUGAUGAAGAUGGUGAUGUGGUGGCCCUUGUUGAUGACAAUGACCUCUUUGAUGUCACCAAUCAGCGCCUCAAGUUCCUGAAGAUUAAUGUGCAGUCCAACGCUGGUAUGUCUGCUAACUCUGUUGCUCCAGAGAGCAGUGGGAGUUCAUCAGCCUCGGCUAUGGCGGAUAUCCAGAACCCGGUUUCUAAGAUCCAGAAGGGUUUCAAUGAUGUUAUGAUGUCUGUGCCUAACCCCAUGCGUGAUACCAUAUCGAAGGUGUAUAUUGACCUUACAUCUAAAGCGGCAUCUUCUAGCCCUGUGGUUGGUGAGCUGUUUGACUGCAUCAACAAGCUAGGAAAGCUCUCAAGCCCUCAGGAAAGUAGUCCUUGCUCUCCUGUUACUAGGCCUGGCUCGUCAGGUCCUUCUUUGAGCAGGGAGGUUCCUUCCGCUGGUGAAAAGAAGGAUGUAUCUAAGAAGACCCAAGCUGGAAAAAAACCUGCUAAUUUGAAUGAACCUGUUGCUGAUUCAACCUCCUCUGGACUGGGUGCUAGUUUCAACGAGUGUCCCUUCAGUGGCAGUCGCGUGAUUGAUUCCAGUCCGAAUCCAACGAAUUUCAACAAGCAUGCCCGUCGUGUAUGUCACUCCAAGAAGACCAGCAAUGGUGAUUACUGGGCCUCACUGGGUGUCUUCCAUAAGGGCAUCCGUUGUGAUGGAUGUGGAGUUCUUCCAAUUACUGGGCCUAGAUUCAAGUCUAAAGUCAAAGAAGACUAUGAUCUUUGCACCAUAUGUUUUUCGGUGAUGGGUAAUGAAGGGGAUUACACAAGAAUGGAUAAGCCUGUCUCAGCUCAACAUCUACAUCCCUUUAGAGGACUACCUACCCCAUUUUCAAACCCUUGGUUGGGACAUGUGCCGCGACCAAACCAUGGAGGUUUACAUUUCAGGUGUACUCGGCCUAAACUAGACAGUCGCUUUGUCCUUGAUGUCAAUGUACUUGAUGGAACAGUUGUUGCUCCAUCUGCUCCAUUCACCAAGAUCUGGAAAAUGAGGAACAAUGGUUCGCUGGUGUGGCCGCAUGGCACGCAAAUCGUUUGGAUCGGUGGGGACAGAUUCAGCAGCUCUUUGUCAGUUGAUUUACAGAUUCCAGUCGAGGGUGUGCCUAUCAACAGUGAGCUUGACGUUAAAGUUGAAUUUGUUGCACCAGAGUCACCUGGUCGAUACAUUUCUUAUUGGAGGAUGGCUUCCUCUAAUGGUGCUAAGUUCGGGCAACGUGUUUGGGUGUUGAUACAUGUUGAUGCAUCUUUGAAGGGCUCUGUUGUGAACGAGUUUCAUGGACUUAACUUGAAUGCCUACCCUGAGGAAAAUUUUGCAAGAGAGUUUUCAGGGAUCAAUGUGAAUCAUGUUCCAGCUCAGUCUGGCAGCCCCAGUGUUAACCCUGGGACAGUGAAAGGUGCUGAUCUUGAACCAGAAGCUUCUUCGGGAUCAAACAAUCUGAUAAAAGAUGACCUGGUGGUUGGUGAAGUUGAGCCUGCUGUUCCUAACACUCUUACUCCAUCUUCAUCUUCAUCUUCAUCUUCUUCAUCAUUCAACAUAAUCGAGUUCCCAAAUAUGACUACUACUGUUGAGGCCUUGGGUGGUGGUUCCUCAUCUACAAAGAACAUCCCAGUUCCUCUUCAAGAGGAUAUUGAGAAGAACGACGUGGAGAUAACCAUGCUCAAGGAGCUCGAGGAGAUGGGUUUCAAAGAGAUUGAUCUGAACAAGGAAAUCCUGAGGGAUAAUGAGUACAACUUGGAGCAGUCUGUUGAUGCUCUUUGUGGAGUUAGCGAGUGGGAUCCUAUCUUAGAGGAGCUUCAGGAAAUGGGCUUCUGUGAUGAUGUGACGAACAAGAGGCUACUGAAGAAGAACAAUGGAAGCAUCAAAGGCGUGGUGAUGGAUCUCCUCACUGGUGAGAAGGAGAAGGAGGCUUAGUGUGCCGUUCGAUUCUGGGAGAAGAAGUCUUUAUCUUAUCAGGAUGAAGUUAUGUUUUAUAAAUAAUAAAACCUGAUGUUUAUGUAGUGUGGUUCCGUACUUGGUCUGUUCCUUUACUCUUUCUUUGUGUUGGAUGGAUGAUGAUGUUCCUACUAUUCUAAAUAAAGUAUUAAGACUUUGCGCUUUA